AUGGUUGUAGGCAAUGCCACAGCAGUGAUUGAGUUUCUCCUCAUUGGUAUCUCUAACUACCCUGAAUGGAGAGUCAUCUUUUUCACAUUGGUGCUGAUAACUUACCUCAGUACCUUAUUGGGAAAUGGACUUAUCAUCUUUCUUAUCUACUUUGACCCCCGCCUCCACACUCCAAUGUAUUUCUUCCUUAGUAAUUUAUCUUUUUUAGACGUUUGUUAUGGAACAGCCUCUAUGCCUCAAGCAUUGGUACACUGUUUCUCUACCCACCCCUACCUCUCUUACCCACGAUGUUUGACCCAGAUGAGUGUCUCUUUGGUCUUGGCCACAACAGAGUGUCUCCUACUGGCUGUCAUGGCCUAUGAUCGUGUGGUUGCUAUCAGCAAUCCCCUGCGCUAUUCUGUGGUUAUGAAUGGUCCAGUGUGUGCCUGGCUGGCUGCAACCUCAUGGGGGGCAUCAUUUGUACUCACUGCCAUGGUCAUCUUAUCCUUGCAGCUUCACUUCUGUGGGGCUAAUGUCAUCAACCAUUUUGUGUGUGAGAUUCUCUCCCUCCUUAAGCUGGCCUGUUCUGAUACCAGCCUCAAUGUGCUUAUGAUCCUCAUCACUGGCAUCUUCACGUUGCUUUUACCCUUUGGAUUUGUCCUCCUUUCUUAUGUUCGAAUUGUUGCUGCUGUCAUGAGGAUUCGCUCAGCCCCAGGCAGGUUCAAGGCCUUUUCCACCUGUGGCUCUCACCUGACUGUGGUGACAAUAUUUUAUGGGGCAGCUAUCGCCAUGUAUAUGAAACCUCAGUCCAAGUCCUCCCCAGACCAGGACAAGUUUAUCUCGGUGUUGUAUGGAGCUCUGACACCCAUGUUGAACCCCCUAAUAUACAGCCUGAGGAACAAGGAUGUUAAAGGGGCAAUUAGGAAAAUCUUAACAAAAAGGGCAUAG